AUGCUCGGAAAGAUCGCUCUCGAGGAGGCCUACGAGAUGACCGGCCAAGAGGCCAAGUCUCAGCGCGAGGCCGCCCUCUACAUCAACCCCAGCGACCGCGAGCGCUACAUGCGCCAGAUCAGCGACAUCAACGACGAGCGCGUCCGGCUCUCGGACGCCCACGGCAUCGGCUACACCAUCGUCUCCCUCACCGUCCCGGGCAUCCAGGGCAUCGCCGACCCCGCCGAGGCCGAGCGCCGCGCCACCGAGGUCAACGACUGGGCCCACGCCCAGAUCAGGGACCACCGCGACCGGCUCGGCGCCUUCGCCUGCCUGUCCAUGCACGACCCGGUCCAGGCCGGCCGCGAGCUGACGCGCUGCGUCCGCGACCUCGGCUUCCACGGCGCCCUGCUCUGCGACUUCCAGCACGCCGGCGACGGCGGCGAGACGUACAAGUUCUACGACCAGCCCGAGUACGACGCCUUCUGGCGCGUCGUCUGCGACCUCGACGUCCCCGUCUACAUCCACCCGGCCGCGCCCGCCGACGUCGUCCUCGACAAGCUCUACGCGCAGCGCAAGUACCUCAUCGGCCCGCCCCUGUCCUUCGCCAACGGCGUCAGCCUGCACCUCAUGGGCCUCAUCUCCAACGGCGUCUUCGACCGCUUCCCGGGCCUCAAGGUCAUCGUCGGCCACCUGGGCGAGAAGCUCCCCUUUGACUUCUGGCGCAUCAACCACUGGUUCGAGGACGUCAAGAAGCCCAUCGCCCGCGCCGAAGGCGGCAACAACGGGAGCGGCGGCAUGUGCGAGAAGUCCGUCUACGACUACUUCCGCCGCAACAUCUGGGUCACGACCUCGGGCCACUUCUCCACGCCGACGCUCCGCUACGUCGUCGACGAGAUCGGCGCCGACCGCGUCCUGUUCUCCGUCGACUACCCCUACGAGACCAUCGAGGCCUGCUCCGCCUGGUGGGACGGCCGGGCCGAGGAGGUCAAGGAGGCCGUCGGCGGCGUCGACAACUACCGCAAGAUCGGCCGCGACAACGCCAGGGACCUGCUGAAGCUGGGCAAGUUCCACGACUCCGAAGCUCCCGUUUCGUAA